UCUCGUGUACUGCAAUUUAUCGAUAGUCUAUCUUGAUGACACGCAUAUUUUGAAAUGGGAGAUUGUAAGAUCGCUAAAGCGGUUCUACGCAGCUUUGUUCUUUUCGCAGGAAUCGUUCUUUUGAACGCGGCCCAAUACGUUAAGAAUCUCGAUUGCCCACCGGACAUUCUUCGGCUCAUGGUCGGUAGCAAGUUAGAGUUGAAAUGGCACUACGAGAUGAACGUUUCCUUUCGAGAUUCUUGGAAAAUAAAUUUGUACGUCCACAAAAGCGACAGCAAGAGAAGGAAGUUAAUAGAAUUACAUCGUGGUCAUACAGAAUUAAGACCAGGCAGCAAUAGUUGGGCAGAUAAGAUGGAUUUGUCGUACACUAGUGCAAAGAUCACCGUUUUAAAAACGACGUUUAACCAUACGGGAGACUACGGAAUUAUGUUCGUCCCGUUGAAUAAAAGCAAGACUGACAUUUUAACGAAGUACACGGUAGUGACCAUUGUUGACAUGCUACUUGACGAGGAAAAAUCAUCAUUUGUCGAAAAGACGUGGAUAAAUGAACCGGCCGAGCUGGUUUGCGCCGUGAAUCUCAAAGAUAAUGCAGAUGCUCCAACGUUCAAAUGGAAACACAGUAAAAAUGGAACUGUGACAAAAAACGUUUUCAAGGAAAGAGAUAGAAGUGUGCUAAAGGUGAAUGCUCGAGAUGUAAAUGAUUUUGGAAGUUACAAAUGCCAGAUUAAGACGGUACACACAAAGAUAAAACACAAUAUGACUCUGAAAAGAAUCGAAUACCCCGGGUAUCCGACCGAAAUCGUCUUCUCCCGCAAAAAACUAUCGUGGCUUGCACCAAUGCGAUGGAAGUCGGUGUUUUCCGUGCAGUAUCUAAUAAACAAACAAAAGAAAAAUUGGAUGGAAGUUGGUCGGACUUUGGAAAAGACUGUUCACUCGAAAUCUCUGUCAAAGUUUCUACCACACGGCGUCCACUUCUGUUGCGUGCGCAUAUGCAUCAACGUCACAACAACGUUGCAAAACAAGAUUUGUUCUCCGGGCAAAAUGGUUGAAGACUCUCCAGAUGUAUCACCUCCGUCAGCAAUACAUUUGACGUACCAUGGUAACGAAGCGAUACUAACAUGGUCUCGGAGUGAUUAUAACAAGAAAGACAUACUUGGCUAUGUAGUGCAAAUUUUCCACGGCUCAGAUUACAGCAGCAAAAGUAUGACAUUAAAAUAUCUGUACGAGAAGCCAGAAAGAACGAAUAUGUCAUUACGAAUGUGAAAGACAUGGAAAAUGCCAUCUUUAGGGUGUGCAUUCGUCGUUCCCUUUGCCUCUUUGAAGAAUCAUGCUCCGAGAAAGUUAGCCUUUCUUUAGUUCUUCCGACACAGCCAAUGGAAAUCAAAAUCGAGUUCCAUAAUAAAACUGAAGACAUAAAAGUAUCCUGGACACAACCUCGAAAGCUUGGUAAGGAAACUUGCUGUACAUUGUUGAAGUGCAGAACGAAGCAGGUGCCACAAUAAAGACAAUGUUCACACUCGAGCAAACCGCUGUACUUAAGUUACCAUCGAAGGUACAUUAUGUCAAAGUGUGUGCCAGAAGCGACGUCAAUGUUCUUCACAAAUCUUGCUCCGAAAGAUAUUUAUUAGGAAAUGCAACAGAAGAAGGUAGCGUUGUUGGUUCAGGAAGACAUUCAACAAUUUGCUGUGAAAACAUGAUUUUUCUCAUCUCGAUAAUGAUCGCAAUUAGUAUUUGCUAACAUCCCAUGCACCAGUUGGGCUUGGCACUAUCUCCCAGCUGUCUCGUGGAUGGGCUGGAACACCUAUAGAAUGAAUAAAUAAUAAGGAGAUAAAAUUCGAGUGAAUAUAUUUUACAUAUACUUUUAUAAAGUAAAAAUGUUCACACAACCUGGCAAAUCAUUAACGAAAUACACUCGGUCAUGAAAUAUUGGUAAAAUGAUAAUUUAACCAAUCUACAGCAAAACUAACUUUUAUGUUUUUUUUAUGUAAGCUAGCUAUAUAUUUCAAAAGAUUAAACAUAUAAGCUAAUUCUCUUAGCUCACUAGCUCAUUUUUCUGCAAUUGAGAAACGACUAUAACUCCUUUAAAGGCUUCAAUAACGUCAGAUAUAGGUUAUAAGUGAAAUUAGAGUGAUAAAUUUAUGAUCUAACAGGUUCUUGUAAAAUCGAAGAUAUACUUCAGAAAUUCAUAAUUAUGUACUUGGAAUCAAAAAUUAAAAAAUUCGAUGUGUAGUAA